AUGCCCCUGCUCGUGUGGAGAAGUCGGCCCACAGUGCCCACCAGCUUUGGCUCCGCCAGCGCCACAACAGAAGCCGCUGUGACCAAGCCCUGGAGAGCGAUGAGUGGGUCAAGUUUGACUGUUGGAGAGAGUUUGGAUAAUAACUGCCAACAGCAGAAUUGCGUAGGUAUUCCGUGGGAUCUGCGAGUCUUGAGAAGUUGCGAUACUAACGGCUCUUCUUCGGGGGCGCGGUAUUUGAUAACGUCUUCUCGCAACUCCGUGCCUGUGCCUGUGCCUGUGCCUGUGCCUGUGCCUGUCCCCUACGGAUCCUCCCGUGUGCUCGCUCAGGGGAUUCAUUUUCACAAGUCUCCCAUUUUCCAGCGUCCUCCUGAAUUUCUUCUCAACCAUCUCAGCUGCGCCCACUCUCCCGACAGGCGCCCAGCCCAGCAAAAGGCCCUGCCACGGCCAAAAUGCCGCAAGUCUCAACUCGCCGGGAAUGGACAAUGUCACCGCCACAGCUAGCCCAGCCGGCCCCAGACCACAUGGGCGAGCGAAUUGGCAUGCUACCUCAACAUGCGACUGUCAUCCAUUCCUAGUUGCCUU